GGUGCGGCGGCGGCGACGGCAGCAGCCAGCUUCCCAGGAAAAGCCAAGAUCUGAAGGUUGGAAAUAUUGGAUACGUUACUUGGGAAAGAGUAAUUCAUUUAACCAAAGCAGAGAUGGCUUAUUUAUAGGAAUAGCUUGAAGCCAGAGUCAUGGUGGAUGUAGGAAAGUGGCCAAUCUUCAGUCUGCUUUCACCUCAGGAAAUCUCAUCUAUUCGGAAAGCAUGUGUCUUUGGCACCUCAGCCAAUGAAGCACUGUAUGUCACUGAUGAUGAUGAGGUCUUCGUGUUUGGACUGAACUAUAGUAACUGUCUAGGAACUGGAGAUAACCAGAGCACACUUGUACCCAAGAAACUGGAAGCCUUAUGUGGCAAAAAAAUUAAAAGCCUUAGUUAUGGGAGUGGCCCCCAUGUUCUCCUCAGCACUGAAGAUGGAGUGGUCUACGCUUGGGGCCACAAUGGAUACAGCCAGCUGGGGAAUGGGACCACCAGUCAAGGCAUUGCUCCCAUACAAGUUUGUACCAAUCUCUUGAUCAAGCAGGUGAUUGAAGUAGCUUGUGGCUCACACCAUUCACUGGCUUUGGCAGCUGAUGGAGAGGUAUUUGCAUGGGGCUAUAACAAUUGUGGUCAGGUGGGAUCAGGAUCUACAACAAAUCAAGCAACUCCUCGAAAAGUUACAAACUGUUUACAUAUUAAGAGGGUGGUUGGCAUUGCCUGUGGUCAGACUUCCUCCAUGGCUGUUUUGGACAAUGGUGAGGAUUUUGAAGAAUUCUGCUUUAAGUUUUGCAUCAAUCAUUUGACAGAAGUCACUCAAACUGCAGCAUUUUGGCACAUGGAUGGCCCCCUGCUAAAGGAGUUCAUUGCUAAAGCCAGUAAAUGUGGAGCCUUUAAGAACUGAAGCCCGAGGCUGCUGGGCUGUGUGAGUGCUCUGGGGCACUGUGGGUGAUAUGUCCAGCUUGUGCUCUACAGGUGAUGAGAUUCUGCAGGUAAAACCCACCAGGUGGUUUUUUCCACAUCUGAGACACUGUUCUCCAUAUGAAGGAUAUUUGGUUCUCCUGGGUCCAUGUUAAACAAAUGUGUGUGUUUUAA